AUGGUGGUGAUGCUGGCGUCGGAAGACCCCUCUGCGGACGGGCCUCCAGCCUCCACCCCACGAAAAGGGAUGGAUUGUGCCGACAAGUCCAGUACUACCACCAAGAAGCUUGUUCAAGCACGACUCCCGUUCAAAAGACUCAACCCAGAAUCUAAGGAAACCAGGAAACCCAAAAGGAACAGAGGACCAGCAGCUCCCCCAUGCCUUGAACCCGGAGCCUCUGAUGGAGAGAAUGAAAUCGAUCGUCCCUCCCCACUGGUGCACCACAGGCCUGCGUUGGUAAACGGCCGUGGGCCGCUUGAUGGCUUCAUGAGUCGCACCAAGUGUCCCCCAGCUGCCCCUACCCCCAGUAUAACCAUCGACCUGACGGAGGACUCCAGUUCAGCUGAUGCCGCUAAGCAACAGCCUGCUCCACCCACUGCUGCUUCCUGCCCUACCACGGAACGUGACGACAUCACAAAGAUAACAGAGGCCCAAAGUUCCACCCCGGCAGCCCACUCGGAACAAGACCUCGACAGUUCCGUGGUCGACACGGCAACCCCGACAGAGCUGGACACCACAAUGGGAUCCGAGGAGGAGGAGGAGGAAGACGGGGAUCAGGAGACAGAAGUCAGCCACGGAAACGGGUCCCUGGUGUCGCCUGGUUCUAACAGCUCUCUCUCUGUGGCGGACAGCUCCCCAGAGCCCACGAAGAGCAAGGCCACGCCUACUAGAGGCGCUGAAACGGAAUCGAAAACACCUAAUUCAAACACUGAACAGAAGAAAGUGAAAAGAAGAUCUCUCAAGAACGCUCAGGAGCAGGAGGAGAGACAGAAACAGCGGGAGGAGAGAGAACGACAGAAACAGGAGGCCAAAGCUGCCAAGGAGAAGAAGAGAGAGGAGGCCCGCAAACUGAAAGAGGAGAAAGAGAAGGAAAGAAAGGAGAGGAAGGAGAGGGAAGAGAAGGAGAGACGAGAGAAGAAAGAGAAGGAGGAGAAAGAGAAGGCGGAGAAACUGAGGGCGAAAGAGGAGCAACGUAAAGUGAAGAUAGAGGCAAAACUUGAAGAGAAACGGAAAAAAGAAGAGGAAAAACGGUUGAAAGAGGAAAAAGACCGAAUCAAAGCUGAAAAGGCUGAGAUCACGCGAUUUCUGCAGAAACCCAAGGCUCAGCUGGCACCGAAGACUCUUGCGUCGGCCUGUGGGAAGUUUGCUCCGUUUGAAAUAAAGGAGCACAUGAGCUUGGCUCCGCUGACACGUGUGCGGUGUGACGACUCAGUUCUAGAGGAACUGGACCAGCACCUGACCAAACAGGACGCUAAUGUCAUCGGCCUGAACUUCUGGCCGAGACACAAACCGCGACGGUCUGGCCCAACCAGACCCAAACUCGUCGACGCCCUCAGCGAGUGUUUAGUUGUGGUGGACGGAGCGAAGGCAGACGGCGUCCCGGACCGUCGGAGGUACGGUCGCAUGAAGCUCCUCCAGUUUCACGAAAACUAUCGUCCGGCCUACUGGGGCACCUGGAGCAGAAAGAGCCGCUGCAUCUCACCAAGGUGCCCCCUCCGACAAGACAAGGUGUUGCUGGACUACGAGGUGGACAGUGAUGAAGAAUGGGAGGAAGAGGAGCCUGGAGAGUCUCUCUCUCACAGUGAAGGGGACGAUGAUGAUGAGGCGGGUGAUGAUGAUGAUGACGACGAUGGUUUCUUCGUACCACAUGGCUACCUCUCAGACGGGGAAGGGGCUUUGGAGGAAGAGGAGGGUGGCGACCCAGAGAAACAGAAGAUCAGGCAGAAACUGAAAGCCCGUGAGUGGGACGAGCUGAUGUCCAAGAAGAAGCUUAAAGUUCUGGAGGCCGUUGUCAGAGGAUGUUACUGGGAAGGGGCGGAGCCUCUACCAGAGCUCCUCCUACCUUAUGCCGUGUGCAUGCUGGAGCCCCUCCCUAAGGAGGAGCCUAGCACGCCAGAGGAAUCAUCAGGACAGCAGAAGAAUCAGCAGUUGCUGUCGCAGCUGCUGCCGCUUCUCCACGGCAACGUGAACAGCAGUAAAGUCAUCAUCAGCGAGUUUCAGGAGUUCUGUCGCCAGCAGAGUUCCUCCUCCCCGACCGUCAGCCCCCACGGCUCUGGAGACAACGUCCCCACCAGGAUUCAGCUGAAGCGUUUGAUAAAGGAGAACGCUGUGUACGAGAAACGUUCCACAUACCGUCGCUGCUGCUGGUACGUCCACGCCGAGGUCCUGUCCAAAUUCGGCCACGACGCCCUCCCUGUGCCCUGCCAGUGGACUUACCUCACCUCCGGAGCUCAGGUUCCCCGAGACGACGCCUCCGCCCCGCCCGGCUCCCAGGGCAACUCCCCCACCACGCCCCAGUCCUCCUCCACCACGCCCGUCUCCAACAAGAGGAAGAGCGCGGGGAGCCACUCCAUCACCAAGUACAUGAAGAGAUGUUCCGACGUCGAACAGGCAGAAGCCAUGGAAACGGACGGCUUUCAGGCUGACACCGAGGAUGAGGAGGAUGAGAGCGACUGUAUCAUCGUUAACGCAGAGACAGAAUCCACCCCAGUAAAUGACACCCACACACCCUCAGCACAGGCUGAAGGCCCAGAGCGGAUGGAGGUGACUCCUGCUGACACGACUCCUCUCCCGCUCCCCGGGCCUCCCGCCACUCCCGCCACCGCCUGA